UGACAGUGUUGCCGGACUGGCGGUGUGAUGUAAUUUGGUUAUUGUCCACCGUCUCGGAAUUAAAUUAAAAAUGUCACUUAAAACUGUUUUUUUAAGUGCUCUUAGGAGUAUUACCUUGCCAGCUGUGCCGCUCCAGACUUCCAGGAUUCACACGAGCUCGUGCUGGCGAAAGGCAGAGGACCGCAAGGAAAUGCUGGCAUCUUUACCGGCCAAAGACGAAGGAACAGUGGGUGAAAAGACCGUGGAUAUAGACACACUUAUCAAUCGUAAAGCCAAGUUCUUCCCAGAUGCCAGCACCGCCACCCAGCUAUUUAAUGGAAUACCCUUCAACGAGCUGCCCAUCUGCAACAUUCGUGUUUCGUCCAACAACACAAUUAUUUCCGUCACGGAUCACAAAGGAGUCCUCCGGCUGAUACGAUCCUGUGGCAUCGAGGGAUUCAAAAACACUCGCAAGGGAACAAACAUCGCUGCUCAAGCUACAGCUGUUACCAUUAGUGGAAAAGCCGUUGAAUUGGGUUGGAAGACAGUCCGAGUGAAGGUCCAGGGCCUUGGCCCUGGAAGAAUGUCGGCUAUCAAGGGACUUCAAAUGGGUGGACUGAAUAUUGUUUCCAUUACCGACAAUACGCACGUCUCAUUUAAUCCCCCAAGACCGCGAAAACAGAGGAGUCUUUAAGCCACUACUUGUUAAGACCUUUGUUUAUAAACAAAAUACAAGAAUAGUCGUUAAAAAGAAAAUUAAAAAUUUAUCUUUGAAGUUAAAAAA